AUGAGGCUCAGCUCCAUGGUGCAGUUCCUCGCCUCCACUCUGCUGGCUUUCAAUGCUGACCACAUCCUGCCAGGAGUAGCAGAGGUGGAAAGCAGGGAGCAGAAGGUGUGGGCCAGAGCAGGGGGUUCAGCCGUGCUGCCUUGCUACCUGAGCGCUGGCAGGAGGCAGAGUGGGCUGGCUGCAAAGACAUCCGUGCUGUGGCUCCGGCAUGGGGGAAGCGCCCCGCAGGAGCCACAGGUGGUGCUGGAGGUGGGGUCCUCAGGCCUGCGGAAGGUGGCACUGCCCAUGAGGGCCCGGCUGUCCGUCCAGGACUCUGCCCUGCGCGGCGGCAACUUCUCCCUGCGGAUCAGCCCGGUGCGGAGCGGCGACGCCGCGCUCUACGAGGCGCGGGUGGCGUACGACGCGGAGGUGCUGAGCUGCCGGGUGCAGCUGGAGGUAGUCACAGUAACUCUGAGCCAGCCCAGCCCUGUGGUAGAAAACGAGCCACUUCUGCUGAGCUGCAGCUCCAGCCACCGGGCCAGCCUCGUGGAGACCUGCUGGUUCCACAACAGGCACCUGCUCCCCACCUCCAGGACCUUCUGCUUCUUGCACGGGGCACACUUCAUGCUCCGGCCAGCCAUGAGUGAUGCUGGCUACUGGCGCUGCCAGCUCAGAUACUCUGACAACGAGAUCGUUUCUGCCACCUACUACCUGCGGAUCCUAGGUUUUAGUGGCCCAAGCAACUCCAUAGUCUACGCUGCAGCUGGCUCUGCAGCUGACCUGCAGUGCACCCUGAGCGACCUUCCCAGUGCCUCUGGGACCAACACGGUGACAGCUCGCUGGAGCCACCUGGCACAAGGACACUUGCAAGAAUGGGAGAUCUCCCAGAAUCUGAGCAGCAGAAGCUUCCCCCUUCAUCUGGCGGCAGUGGGGCCAGGUGAUGCAGGGCAGUACCGCUGUGCUGUCAAUCUGGGCAGAAGGACAAUCAGCAGGGACGUGACCUUGGCAGUAGUUACAGUCACUCCGAGCAUCCAAGGACCGGUUUCCGAGGGGUCUCGACUGCUGCUCAUCUGCAGCCUCACACACCGCCAGGGACAUGAACGUUUCCAGUGGCAGCACCUGGAGUCAGCCCCCACUGGCAGGCAGCUGACUGUGGCCACCUCCCAUAACCUGGAAGGCCACAGACCCCACAUGGGUCCUACCUUGGAAAUACCUCAGGUGUCACAAAAGGACACGGGCACAUGGGAAUGCAGUGUGUAUGGGCCAGAAGGCAGGCUGGGAGCAGUGGAGUAUGGGCUGCAGAUCACAGGUGCCCAAGUCUCCAGCCCUCCCACCAUCUUCAGUGGGCAGGUUACUUUUGGGUUGACGCUCACCCUCUUCUUCCUGCUCAUGGUCUGUGUUCUGGCUCUGGCCCUACAAAAAAGGGCACGCACUCCUGCUUUCCCAGCCCUGGAAGGGAUGGUUGCAGUCGCUGUGCCAAGGAAGAAGGUGAUGGAGGAAAACCAGGAAGAGAAGAUCCAGCAAACUGAGUGCUGAUGGGAGCAGGGACACUAAACCUAGUCUGCAUGGGAGGAUGAAACUCUCUGUGGAGAAAGGAGCUCCAUGCAGACUCUUCAGGAUGGUCUGGGGCUGGCAUGAACAAACCAGAAGUCUGUGGGAGCCCUGUAGCUGCAGAGGAGCUGGAAGAUACAGCCUAGGCAAGAUAAGACCCCUGCAGUAAGGCGACAGGCAGCACAGAUGCUUUGGAGCUACUGUGAAUAUUUGAGCCAGUAGUUACUGCCUGCUUCACUGCCACUUCUUUCUCCUGCCUUUUGCCCCUCCUUCACAGCCUCUCACAGGCUUUCACCAGUGGGACACUGGGAUGUGGGAGAUAGCUGCAACUCAGUUUCUCUGCAGCCCCAUGGUGUUUCCUCCCCACUGCCCACUCUCUUCUCCUUUUCCACACACUGCCCUGCCCUUGCACUGAUUUCCAUGGCAGAGGGCACUCCACAGAGGACUGCACAUGUUGCACAUUUAGAGCAUUUUAUUUCAUUAGAACCUACAAUAAACCUGUAAAAAAAGAAACCCAGACACUGGGCCCUGUAUGUGCUUGUGGAGGAUCACAACUACUCAUGGUGCUGGGUCCACCUGUGCAUGUGUGAGGCAGCUUCUAAAGACUCUGCUGUCUUCUUUCUCCUUCGCCUUCUCUCUCUC